CGUUAGAUAAACUAGAAAAAAAAGAAAAGUACAGAGGACUAAACGGUAAAUUGAACAACCCGGUUUAGAGGCAAAGUUCCUUACUUUUGAAACCUAUCUUUCAUUCUCACUUUCGCUCCUCCGUGUUUUCGAUGAGCUAAGAAUCAAACAUCAUCAGAUGGUUCAACAAACGCUAGACCCUAAAUUCAGUGAAUAUGGAAUGCUGAAACCAGAGAAUAACUCACCCAUUUGUGAUGAGCAACCUCCAGUUGGUGUGAAGAAGACACCAUUGAGAGACCUCCAGAACGAAAAUAGAAUCGUGCCCAACUCUACAGGGAGCUCUCCAUUUCCUAAAGAUAGAGGUCCUGGUAUUGAUCCUAUCAAGGUUUCUGGAACUAAGAGACCAUCCCCUGAAUGUCCUGUGAGCCCCUCGCAAUGCCAAUCUCCAAGCAGUUGUGCUGCAAAUGGGCACCUUGUCUAUGUCCGGAGAAAAUGCGAAGCUGAAUUAGGCAAAAGCAGUGUUUUUGAUUGUACCAGCACAAGUAAUUGCCAACAAAUGAGGCAAGUUAGACAACCGGAGGAAAGUAACCAACUAAAAUCCCAAAUAAAGGAGUUGAGAGUUCCUUGUUUUCCAACUCUUGCGCCACUACCAAUGGCAUCACUGACAAGUUCAUCUGCCAAACCUUCCGUACCUUUACCUCCUGGAAAGUCUGCUAUGAAAUUAACACCCUCAGAAUCCAGUCAACAUCCAGUUGUUACUCCUGCUCCUUUUCUGGAUAGCCUGAAAGGAAUUAGGAAACUUCACUGGGAAGAGCGAUAUUAUCAAUUGCAGAUGCUACUGAAAAAGUUGGACCAAUCCGAUCAAGAGGAUUAUACCCAGAUGCUUCGAUGUCUUUCUGCAGUUGAACUCAGCAGACAUGCUAUUAAGCUGGAAAAAAGAUCAAUUCAGCUCUCACUGGAGGAAGCAAAAGAGUUGCAGCGUGUCAACAUUUUAAAUGUCAUGGGAAGAACUAUGAAGAUGGUUAAAGCACCCUCCACUCAACCAGAUCAGUCAUACAAAUGAAAGGGCAUCAAGUGCAAGGUAGUCAGUGUAGUAAGUUGUAACCGGUCAAAUGAAAGUGGGCACUCGUGCUUGGUUCUUCGUUCAUCCUAGUUUUUUUCCUGCAGUGGUCACUCUGGGGUGACUAUCUGUUAUUCUGUGGGUUUCAACUUGGAUUAUUCAUCUGUGUGUUUUUCUUAGAAAAACUGCUGGAAAGUAUCAAAUUCAAACUGUACUGACAUAUUGUAGUGAAAUGAUCCUCUUUUUCUCA